AUGUCGCACCUCAGCUCCGGAGCCUUCGUCUCGGGCGCAGCCAGCACAGAGUUAUCCAGUCUAGUUCUUCAUAUCGAGGGGCUACCCGAGGAGGUUACAUACGGUACCCUCGCACAGUCUGCUAAGAAAUCGCUUACUCAGCUCGUCUCAUUGCACUACGCUUUGGAGUAUUUCGAUACAAAAAGGAACGGCGUUGCUCACUUCCUAUUCAGAAGUAUCGAUGCCGUCAAUACAGCAAUCUCACAGCGCAUUCACAUUGGAGAGGGUAGGUAUGAUUUGAAGCGUGGUCUGUGCUCGUGGAUGAAGCAAAGUUUCGCCCGUGUAUUGGAGGAAUUGGACCAACCAUCCGGAGUGAAUUCCACAGAGCCAUCAACUUCGUUCUCGUUCUCGUAUCCUCCGCGACCAGAUAGCUCCGCUUCCACUCAGUUUCCACGGAAUGACAAGGGCCCCAAACGCCCCCUCAAGCGUGCGUGGGAUGCAUUGGGGGGGCGUUUCCGUGCCAAGGGUCGUUCCGCCUCUGUCACAACCACACCUUCCGCUUCCGAUUGUGAAGCGCCCACGCCACCACACCACGAGCGUGGAGAGAGCGCAGAUCUUAGUCAGAGGGCAGUGGUUCUGAGUGGGGCGAAUGCUUCAGAAACGAACCUGACUUUUCAGUUGCGGAUUGCAUUGGGCGGUGAGAUGGGGACAAUUGGUUCGACUCGCAAUGUGGAAAUUAGUAUUCAGCCACCUUCUCCACCCUCCCCGACGCGGUCUCUUGCAGAAUCCACUAGAACUGUUAAACCUCUACCUGGCAUCAAAAAGUCUCGAGCGCAUGAAGACACUCGGUUCACCAACAUAUCGGCGGCGCCAACAGCAGCGCCAACAAGCCCCCUGUGGGUCCCGAUUGUGGAGGUCAAUAAUGGCGCGGGAUUGUCCCAUGGCUCUCGCCAUCCCCGAACACCAGAUUCCGAUGUCGUUCUCUAUCCUUCUUCUAAAUCCACUUCUCCCAUUUCAUCACCUCCUAAUCCGUCGACACCGCUACCUCGCGUCAGUGCAGAGCCAUCAACGAGUAAUCCAUUUCCUCAGGACAGCCGACCCGGGACUACGAGGGCAUCAUCCAGUAUUACCGAGCUGGAGGCAAAUCGAUCCAGCAAAGCUCAGCCUCCUGAACGUCAAUGGCUUCGUAAUGCACCGUCAUUUUCAGCCGAGAUUACAGGACCUUCUGAGUCCCCAAACAGGCAGUCUAGUGAAUCAACCGAGUCAGUUCCGCGUGAUCAGACGGCCAAUCCAUCGGCACCGCCUGGUACUGCCGAGCCGUCUUCGAAUGAUUCAUAUCCUCAGGACGACCGAUCCCGGGCUUUAGGGGCGCCACCCAAUCAUGCCGAGCUGGAUGCGAAUAUACCCAAAUCCAGCAGUGCUAUACAUCCAAAGGCUCCUGACCGUCAAUGGCUUCGUGGUGCACCGUCUGCUUCAGCAAAGUUUCCAUCACCCUCAGGGUCCGCAAGCAGACGGUCCGGCGAAUCAAAAGAAUCUCGCUCAGUUCUGCGUGAUCAGACGGCUAAACUGAGGACUGGCAAUGCGGCUCUAGGAUCGGGGUCGAAUUUAGCCCCGAAAAAUGUCGGCAUACCGUCUCGUGUUACAUCUCCGCCCCCACCCAAAAGUGCAUUGACAAGGGUCCGGUCACCCACCAAUCCAUCCUUAUCAUCACUGCGAUACCCGCCCACGCGCCCCAGAAAUUCAGAAACCAGAAGUGGCUUUGGCUAUGAGACAUCGGACACGGAUACAUCAAAACGCAUCGUACCUAAGCGACCGGCUCCAGCUGAUCAUGGCUCCGAAGCAGAAUCGGAAAUCCCCCCAACACCCAGGAAUAGGCCGCUGGCAACGACUGGGGCCAAUCGGCCAUCUUCAACCAGGACGCGUAAUCAGAGGGAAAUGGAUAGUUCAGUGUUGCGUUCAUCCCGAGUUCGCAGAGGAGCGACAGGGUCGGCUCUGCAUAUGGAGCGGGCUCCGAGCACAUCCCACCCUUGA